AUGGCAGCUAUUCAAUUAUCAUUCUCUCUCCGUGUUUCUUCCAGUGUUAAGACCGUUCAUUUGCUUGGUAGCUGGGAUAACUAUGCUGGCCAACUUCCACUCGCUAAAGACAAGACUUCUUCAAAAUCAGGUAGCUGGAAAGGUACUUUCAGAUUCCAAGGCACCACUCUUCAACCUGGUCAAAGAUAUUGGUAUUACUACAUCAUCGAUGGAUACCAUGUCUCACACGACCCUGCCGUCUCAUCAACUACCGAGCCAACUACCGGUCGCGUCUUGAAUAUCCUCGAUGUCCCAGUCGAAAAGUCCUCAAGCCGAUCAUCCAAGUCCAGUUCAUCAAGCUCCAAGCACUCUUCCAGCUCCAAGUCAUCACACUCCUCACACUCAUCUUCCCGCAGAGAAUCCCGCCGCGACUCACAUCUCAGCGUUGACAUUCCUAAAGGUCGACCCCUCUCCAUCUCUCAAAUCAAAUCUCCUAAACCCAUGUCUCCACACGCCACCAAGCACAUCCUCGAAGCUGAUUAUGCUGCUGGUCCAACUGUCGAUGAAUUGACCGCACGUUUUGGUGCUACCACCAUGGAUGAGUACGAUUACGAUUACGAUCUUCCAGGCUCACCAUCCUCAUCCGUUGGCUCCACCAUCUCAGACACCAGUGGCACAAGCUCGCCAUCUUCAGCUUCGAGCAUGAGCGAUUAUUCAUCAGGUUCUAAUGCAUCGUCCUGCACCUGUGAGAGAUAUGGAAUUACGAGAAAGGGAGAUAGAAUCAAGUUGGAUUGUGGAGGUUCUCGAUGCGGAUCCAGCGAUUCAGAGUCCUGUAGCUCAGAGGAUGAGGCAGAUUACUCACGAUCAUCCCGCAGAAAUGGAAUCGUUGUCCGUCGAUGA